CCGCUGGACGAGGUGCAGUUCCGUCGGCCUGAUGUCAUCGCCUACUGGGAAGGAAUCCACGAGAACAGCAUUCACCCCAUUCUCCGUGAAACGCCCUUCUUCGAUCCUACCACCAAGAAUGGCCUCCUAUGGAAGCAAGCCGAGAUCCACCCUCCGAUAUGGGACAUGUGCCGCAACCGACAAGCCUUCGAGACACGCUUGAAGCAAAUGAAUGGCGUCGAGUACCUCAUCGUUGGCGAACCACAACCAAAUCCCGAUCCAUCAUUGGGCCCAGAUACAGGCAUCUGGGUCAUUCGCAAGCAGGACCGCCGCAAGAGACCUACACAACCCGAUGAGAUUACUGUCCUGGCCACCUACUACCUGGUCGGUGAAAAUAUGUACCAAGCGCCUUCUGUCUAUGACAUUGUCGGCAACCACCUCCUCUCGGCCAUGACUUCGCUCACAAAAUUCACUCAAACCGCUGCUCCGCUACCACUUUACACCCCUGCAACUGGUUAUACCUACUUCCCACCCGCUACUGCCAAGUCGCUUGUCGCGUCACAAGCCCUCUCUUCCACUAGUCGAGAAGCAAGCACAGCUCCUACACCAGCCGAACUUCCAUCCGCGGCUGCUCUAGACCCGGCAGCACAAUCCACCACCUCAAACGAACUAAAAUCGACAAAAGGUGCAGACCCUCGCGCACAGCGAGCCCUUCAAGAUUCAUUACAAAUGAUGCUCCACUACGGCGAUGAAUACAUGGACGAAAAUCCUCUUCGCGGCGAACCUGGCAACUUUACCUUCUCAGCCACA